AUGAUUUCACUGGAGGCGGUGGAUUCAUCGGCAGAUCCAAAGCAAGACCCAAAAUCGCAAGCCCAAAAAAACCCACGAAGGCCAAGCCUAAUUCUGGUUUCUCUCCUUGAAAGCAGUCUCCGCUUCGAUUGCUCCGCCUCUCCUCAAGCUCAUCCCGUCUUCGCCAACACCGUCGAGGGCUUGCGCUACCCCUUCCACUUCUCCCUCUUCGAUUUCGGAACCCUCCCCGACAAGCCUCACAAGAACAUCGUAAGGAUGCUCAAAGGGAAGCCCUUUCGCAAGCCCGACAUCUCCGUCACCAUUCAGGACCUGCUCGAUAAGGCCAAGAGCAAGAGCAAGGAUGGGUUGGUCGUCGAUGUUGGUGCCAACGUGGGUAUGGCCACCUUUGUCGCCUCUGCCAUGGGGUUUCAGGUUUUGGCGUUUGAGCCCGUGUUAGAGAAUUUGCAAAAGAUCUGUGAAGGGAUUUACUUCAACCGAGUUGUAGAUUUGGUUACUAUGUUUGAGGCUGCUGCGUCGGAUCGUGUUGGUAACACUACCGUUUACGAGAAGCAGACUUGUUUUAGUUGGAUACCAGUUCAGUUAGCUGAGAAAGAAUCAUUUGAAGUGCUUAGAGAGAAGAAACGUAGAGAAAAUUGUUGUUGA